CGCAUGCCCAGUGCGGUCUUCCCGAAGAUUAAUUUGACCUAUAUUUCAAACAACCGCUAAGACGCCAUCUUUUUCAGUUUGUUGUUUUGUGAAAUCACUGUUAAAAAUAAACAGUUCAUACAAAUUACAAAAUGUCUGGUGACCAAAGUUAUGUUUUACAAAGUGGAAUAUCUGAUCAAGCUCAACAAAUGCUUGCAAACUUCUGGCCAAAUGUCAUUGAAAAUAUAAAGCAGCUUAGUGCGAAUGAUUACAAAACUCAAGAGCUACCCCUGGCCAGGAUAAAAAAGAUAAUGAAGCUUGAUGAGGAUGUGAAGAUGAUUAGUGCUGAAGCUCCAGUUUUAUUUGCCAAGGCCGCUGAAAUAUUUGUCAGUGAGCUCUCCUUAAGAGCUUGGAUCCACACAGAAGAUAAUAAGCGUAGGACAUUACAGCGUAAUGACAUUGCAAUGGCUAUCUCAAAGUUUGACCAGUUUGACUUCCUGAUAGACAUUGUACCGAGAGAAGAACUUAAGCCUAGUAAACGCCAGGAGGACCUAAACAGAACAGGAAGUAGUUUGCCAGACCAGAUUCAGUUCUAUCUCCAGUUAGCACAACAACAGUCACAACAAGCACAGCAAACACAGGUUGUCCAGCAGCAAACUCAACAGCAGGCCCAGGUUCAGGUGACACAGGCAACAUCAUUACAGCAGAUCCAACACACACCAGUACAGCAGACAUCAGCAUCAGCCACUACAAACCAAAGCACAGCAGUUCAGCUACCAAGUGGUCAAAUUAUUCAACAACAGUUCCAGUUACAAUCUCCACAAGCACAAGUUAUACAACUUCCACAAGUUUCUCAGCAAGUUGUCUCCCCUAUCCAGAACUCUGUUAUGCAACAGCUCCAGCAACAACAGCACUCACAACAGCUUCAAACACAAGCUCAAGCACAGCAGCAACAGCCAACAGCACAAGUCUACCAGCAGGUUAUCAAUGCCUCUGGCCAACUCGAAAAUAUUCCUAUUCAGUUAACUCCACAACAGUUACAAAGCUUACAGUUGCAGCUACAAAGUAAAAUUGCUGGCCAGCAAAUAGUUGUUCAAGCCCAGCAAGACCCCAAUGUUCAGUUUUCACAAGCCCAGCAAAUUUAUCAACUUCAGCAAGCAGGACAGCAGCAAAUAUUUAUACAUUCAGAUGAGCAGGCAGAUGGUGGAGCAGAUUCUUAAAAAAUGUUGUGACCGUUAUGCAAGUUAAUGUGAUUUUGAAAAAAAAUACAAGUUAUGAAUAGGCUGUAAAGUGUUGGGUAC